CGGCGCGCCCGGGCGGAGGGUACCCCCGCGACAACCCCAUGCACCCCGGCGGGCCGACGGCACCCAUGUCCCGCCGCCCGCCCGCCUAAGGGGCAGGCAGCCAGAGCCAGAGCCCGGCCAGCGAAGAGGGGAGGGGGAGCCGGCCGACAAUGGCGGCGGCCGCCACCGCCGCCAGCCCCGGCAGUCCCGCCGCCGGGCCCCUGCCGCCGCCGGAGCCCUGCCCCAGGAAGGGGCCGCCGCCGCCGGGGCCGCUGCAGCCGCCGCCGGCGCGCAGCGACCCCCGCCGUAGGCAGGCCGCGCUCUCCUUCCUCACCAGCAUCUCCCUCGACGGGCGGCCCCCGCCGCCGGGCAACGACGGCUCCGCUGCCAGGCCCCGCCAGGCCCCGCAGCCACCGCCGCCGCCGCGGCUUGGCAGCCCCCCGGGGGUGCCCGCCGAGACCCCCCGGGCCCAGGAGGAGGAGGAAGAGGAGGAAGAGGAGGAGGACGCCUUCGCCGCUGUGCAGGUGCCGGCCGCCGCCUUCCUGGGCGCCUCGGCGGCGGGCAGCCGGGGCCGCCUCAACUCCUUCACGGCAGGGGUGCUGCCGGCGCCCUUCGGCCGCACCAGCCCCCAGGGCCCCGGCGGCGGCAGCGGAGAGCUGGGGCAGAGCUGUUCCGCCUCCGCCUUCGAGCUGCAGCGGUCCCGACGUCGGCUGAUCUCCCAGCGAUCUUCUCUGGAGACUCUGGAGGACAUCGAGGAAAAUGCCCCACUGCGGAGAUGUCGGACACUCUCAGGAUCACCCAGACCAAAGAACUUUAAGAAGGUUCAUUUUAUCAAGAACAUGCGGCAGCACGAUACCAGAAACGGCAGAAUAGUCCUUAUCAGCAGCAGAAGAUCCUUCUGUAGCAUAUUUUCAGUGCUGCCAUAUCGAGACUGUACCCAAGUCGGGGAUAUGAAGCUGGACGGUGGACGCCAGUGCCAUUCUACUGGAGUAUGUCUGAAAGAGAUAAUUGGUCUUGAAGGUGUGGAGCUUGGAGCAGACGGGAAGACGGUUUCUUAUACACAAUUCCUGUUUCCCACCAAUGCUCUGGGAACUCGGAGAAACACAAUAGACUCCACCUCGUCCUUCUCCCAAUUUCGCAAUGCAAGCCAUCGUAGCCUUUCUUUGGCAAGAGCUAACAGCACCCAAGGGAGCAUUGAUGCAGGUAGUGACCUGGGAGACUUUGUUGAAUACGACCCAAAUCUUUUAGAUGAUCCCCAGUGGCCAUGUGGCAAACAUAAGCGGGUUUUAAUAUUCCCUUCAUAUAUGACCACAGUCAUAGACUACGUGAAGCCAUCAGAUCUCAAGAAGGACAUGAAUGAAACCUUUAAGGAGAAGUUCCCUCACAUCAAGUUAACCCUCAGUAAAAUAAGAAGCUUGAAGAGGGAAAUGCGCAAGCUUGCUCAAGAAGAAUGUGGUUUUGAAGAGCCCACAGUGGCCAUGGCCUUUGUCUACUUUGAGAAGCUCGCUCUGAAGGGGAAGCUGAACAAGCAGAAUAGAAAGCUUUGUGCUGGAGCCUGUGUUCUUUUAGCAGCCAAAAUUGGCAGUGACCUCAGAAAACAUGAAGUCAAGCAUCUUAUAGAUAAACUGGAAGAGAAGUUCCGGCUGAACAGGCGAGAGCUGAUUGCCUUUGAGUUCCCAGUGCUGGUGGCCUUGGAGUUUGCUCUCCACCUUCCCGAGCACGAAGUGAUGCCGCACUACAGACGCUUGGUGCAGAACUCCUAGCGCUGGCUGCCCUGCGGGGAAGGGGCUCCCGACUGUUCCCGCUUGGCUCUCCUGAGCCGCAGUUACUGCUGGAAGUGCAAAAUCAGACUCCUGACACUUCGCUCUCUCUCUCCCCAAAACAGUUUUUCCAACAACGUAUAGGAGAUACUGCAUUGACUCAAGACUCUCAGCUUUGACAGAUUUACGUUAUAAUUACUUUCUCAAGGCAGGUGAAGUCUGAGCUGUUGGUAAAUGGUUAACAUGCUGAAACUGCAUGGUGACUGGCCCUAUCUGUGGGGACUACAGCUGUAAAAGUAGGCAAAAAUUAGAAGGGCAGCCUCCAUGACCACCCCUCUCUCUAUCACACAAACCCUGGAAGCCCACGUGAGUGCAUUCUCAUAGCGCUUUUUCUAACAACCUACUGCGACUUCCCAGAGGACUUCUUAAAGUGAAAAAGCUUUUAAAGAGGAUAUCUUCACUGUGUCAAAAAGAAUGUGCCAAUCUAUUUUUGUAUCAGCAAUUGAAAGUGCACUUUUUCCUGUGGGGUGUUUGUGUGUGUACUCGUGUGUGUGUGUGUGCGACACCGAGCUGAUCUCAGUCCAGGUGGUUGGCUUAGCUGUUUCCAAGUGUCUCAGUUACCGAUGGCGAAGAUCAAGGUGACCUUACGUGUUUACUUCUUUAAAAACAUAACUACUGGAAAAGUGGUAAAUGGGAUCAUUUUUUGGACACUUGGUUUUUUUUAGUCUCUGAUCUUUCACACAUUGUACCUUUGACAGGAUUACACUACUACUACUAUGAGAGAAGGAUCGGCAACUGACCUUAAGUUUUCAGUCAUGUUUGUGAUAAAGACGAAAGCAUUAGUAUGA